GCGGGAGAUGCUCCAGAGCGGCUUCGGCGGCGGCCAUUUUCUCGCCGCGGCCAGACCGAUGCCUGUGUGAGGAGAAGGAGGAGGGGAGAGGCGAGGCUGCGGGGCGGGGAAGGAGGAGAAGGAGGAGGCCCCUUCCCGGGUGACAGGACAGCACAGGCCCGGCCCUUCCGGAGGGCGGACCGAAGUCGCUGGGCGGCUGUGGUGGGCCUGGCUCUCCUUCCUUCCUCCUCUCUCUCUGUCUCUCGCUGGCCUUCUUCUUUUCCGCCGCCACGGCCACCAUGUCUGGGCAGAGCCUGACCGACCGCAUCACGGCGGCGCAGCACAGCGUGACCGGCUCGGCCGUCUCCAAGACCGUCUGCAAGGCCACCACGCACGAGGUCAUGGGCCCCAAGAAGAAGCACCUCGACUAUUUAAUACAGUGCACAAAUGAGAUGAACGUAAAUAUCCCACAGUUGGCGGACAGCUUGUUUGAAAGGACGAUGAAUAGCAGCUGGGUAGUGGUAUUUAAGUCGCUCAUCACAACUCACCAUCUAAUGGUGUAUGGAAAUGAGCGUUUCAUCCAAUAUCUGGCUUCCAGAAACACAUUAUUUAACUUGAGCAAUUUCUUGGACAAAAGCGGAUUGCAAGGAUAUGAUAUGUCCACAUUUAUCAGGCGGUAUAGCAGGUAUCUGAACGAAAAAGCAGUUUCCUACAGACAAGUAGCUUUUGACUUCACAAAAGUAAAAAGAGGGGCUGAUGGGGUCAUGAGGACAAUGAAUACAGAGAAACUCUUAAAAACUGUACCAAUUAUACAAAAUCAAAUGGAUGCACUUCUUGAUUUCAAUGUCAACAGCAAUGAGCUUACAAAUGGUGUAAUUAAUGCUGCCUUCAUGCUUCUCUUCAAAGAUGCCAUUAGACUCUUUGCAGCAUAUAAUGAAGGGAUUAUUAAUCUGUUGGAAAAGUACUUCGACAUGAAAAAAAACCAAUGCAAAGAAGGCCUUGACAUAUAUAAGAAGUUUCUGACCAGAAUGACAAGGAUUUCUGAGUUUCUCAAAGUUGCAGAGCAAGUGGGAAUAGACAGAGGAGACAUACCCGAUCUUUCUCAGGCACCGAGCAGCCUUCUUGAUGCAUUGGAACAGCACUUAGGCUCUUUGGAAGGAAAGAAAAUCAAAGACUCCACUGCUGCAAGCAGGGCUACCACUCUCUCCAAUGCUGUCUCCUCCCUGGCAAGCACCGGCCUGUCGCUCACCAAAGUAGACGAAAGGGAAAAACAAGCUGCACUAGAGGAAGAGCAAGCACGUUUAAAAGCUUUAAAGCGUCUAAAAGAACUUGCAAAGAAACCUCAUACCUCCUUAACUACAGCCUCCUCCCCAGUGUCUAAUACAGCAGGGAGUAUAAUGACGACACCAGCCAUUGACAUCUUCUCCACACCUAGUUCUUCAAACAGCACAUCAAAGCUGCCAAAUGACCUGCUUGAUUUGCAGCCAGGCUUUCAUCCCUCUGUGCAUCCCAUAUCUUCUGCACCACAAGUAGGAGGGACCUGGGGAGAUCCAUUUACUUCUUCUGCUGAUGGGGUCGAUGAUGCCAUUCCAAGCCUAAAUCCUUUCCUCACAAAAUCUAGCGAUCACCUCUCUGUCUCCUCUGAUGUACUACCUACUUUCACUUCUAGGACACCAACUCAUGAAAUCUUUGUUGAUCACUUCAAUCCAUUUACUGAUACAAACCCCUUUGUGACAACCAAAUAUGCAUCCACUGUUCAGCUCUGUCACUUUACUUCAGAUUCUUUUUGUGGUCCACAAGCUUACCCUAAUGCUUCCCAUUUCCGCAGUGAGCCCUCAACUGUAGCUGGUCUAUUUGGAGGGUUCUCUCCAUCUCCUGUUGCUCCAUCGCAGCCCUCUGCAAGCCUUAACGUUGACUUUGAGUCUGUGUUUGGAAACAAAACUUCAAAUGUACCAGUGGAUUCUAGUGGAUUUGAUGAAUUGGGUGGACUCCUAAAACCAACAGUGACUUCUCAAAAUCAGAGUCUUCCAAUUUCCAAAACACCACCAAACAAGUUAGUCUUGGAUGAUCUGGAUUCAUCUUUAGCCAAUCUUGUGGGCAAUUUGGGCAUUGGAAAUGGAACAACUAAGAAUGAUGUGAAUUGGACACAGCCAGGAGAAAAGAAACUAACAGGAGGCACCAACUGGCAACCCAAAGUUGCGCCCACGACAGCAUGGAAUGCCCCAACAAUGAAUGGCAUGCAUUUUCCACAAUACGCACCACCUGUCAUGGCUUAUCCUGCUACAACACCAACAGGAAUGAUGGGAUAUGGGAUGCCAUCUCAAAUGGGAGGAGUACCAGUACUCACACAACCAACCUUAAUAUACAGCCAACCUGUCAUGAGACCUCCAAAUCCUUUUGGCCCUGUAUCGGGAGCCCAGCUGUYUGCAGCUUCCAGCCCAUCCACUCAGAGUCCUCACAGAGCUUCAGGGAAGGAUCCUUUUGCAGAGCUCUCCCACCAGGAUUUCUUAUACAGUUCAUGUGAUCAUGCCAGAUGGAGCGGAGAGGAAUGGGAACAGUUCCAGGGAGACAUGUGCUCAAAGAUAAACCCUUCUUUCCAGCCAGAUCAGAACUGAUGGUGUCUCAGACUCUCCUUCACCAAAAUCAUCCAGUAAAAUCACCCAGGGCCCACAACAACAACAACAAGAACAGUGGGAGUGGCACUAUAGGGAAGCCUCGGCAUCCUCCCUGCACUCGGUAUAAAGCCAAGAAUUGCCAUAAUUGUGGUGUGGGAAUUUUUUUCUCUACCCCCCUCCCCAUUACUUAACAUGUCCGUAACGUUCAUCAUCUGUUCCAUAACAUCAAUUGAUAAUAGACAAAAAAGAAGCCUCUUGUUCUCCUAUGAAGGGUAAAACGUGUACCUGGAACUGCCAUGUGGAACAAAGAGCUGGGCAACCUUUUACCAUUAACGCCAAUGACUUUUUCUCUAGGGGAUCAAAUCCUAAUUCUCUAAUUCUACAAUUUUCCUCUCUUCUAUCUUCACAAACGUUAGACUCAAUAAUGAAAAAAAAGUUUAACUUUAAAAGAAAAAGAAUUAUAUAUUCCGUUUGCAUAGACAUUCCUUUAUGUAUUAUUGUUUGUAUUUAUUUAUGAUUAUCAGUUCAAGUAACAUUGUAUCGCAAAGUCUCCUAUGUGGGGAAAUGAGUGUGGAUGUAUACAGUAUGUCUCCCUUUUGGAGUUCUUUUUCCCCCCCUUUUCCCGUUUUUAUCCACAAGGACGAUGCUGGUUGAGACUUGCAUCGUCAUUCAGUACGCACCAAACCACACAGAGCACUGAGUAUGUUCAAAGGUCUGAAAAAACACCCGUUGUCAAAUUUCCACAGGAAUGAGAGGUGUCGGUGUAUUGAGUGGUCAGUUCCGUUAAGGACUGUGGCAAGGAGGUUUGGGGAGGAGGGGGGGCAGCUGACCGAUUGGGAGGAGCACAGUAUUUCUGACCAGGCGUCGGUGCUUCUGGAAUGAACUUUCCUUGCUUUGUGCUUGGCAUGUCAUUUAUCUUACACUUGACGUACGGCCUUUCCAAAAUGAAUGUGAGGAAUUGCUUUCACUUUCAAAGACUUUCCUUCUUCUCUGUACAAAAACAAUCCACACGGGACACAUGCAACUUCUGAGGUAUUAUGUGACAAGAAAAACCGCCUUGACCUCCCUCCCUCUUCAUUUGGCUAGUGCCAUCUCCGUGAUCAUGUACCAUGACAUAGAAUGAAAUCUCAGAAGGGAAGUAGCAUCUUUAUUAAGGGCGUAAUCCACCCUGGAGUUCUCCAGCAGAAGCAUCGCUCUCGGGAGGGCUUGUGCUAGAGAACGUCCGGGUGCGGUGCCCUCCUCUCGGUGUGUAGGAGUCCUUUUAUUUUUCUGCAUAAUUUGAAGCGGCACUGUUGAUCGGUGCUUGUGUAAAUACAUCAUACCAGUUCGGGUGGCAUCUGGGGCCUUAAGAAGGAUAGUCAGAGGUAUGAAAGCAAUUCUGUACAUGAAUUAAGCAUACUUGCUGCAUUGUCUCCGCAGAUUCUAUUUUUGUUUAAAAUCUUAAAAUGUACGUUAGCAAAAAAAAAAAAAGGUGGAUUUUCAAAUAAAAUGCAGCUUCCACAGAA